AGCAGGCAUUUAUUGGGAAUUAUUGGGAAUUCUGUGAUCUGGAGGAGGCUUCCUGAGGUUUAGGGAUGUGGUGGGACUUGAGCAGGAACCAGAGGCAGAUCCAGAGUGAGUGGCACAGAGAACCUGCUUGGAUCCGGUUCCAGAUUUCCCUUCAGGCUGACCCAGGUUCCAGGUUAAUUCUCUUUCAGGACCUUAUUGAUCCAGGGCCGGUAAUGGGAGAUCCGGGUGAAGAUGACAGGGGGCUUUGCAUCCGACUGUCCAUAGGAGACAAUGCCCUGGGCUACCCCAGCGCAGAGAAGAGGGCCCCCUGAAUCUCCCUGUGGGACAGAGAGGGAAAGGGAGAGAGAGGGGAAAGGUGAGCCAGGGAACCACCCACUCCUCCCCAUGGUCCCAACUCUGAGUUGGUCAGACCUAUUGGGUUAGCCAAAAAGUUCGUUCAGAUUUUUCCAUAGCAUCUUAUGGAAAAACCCGAAUGAACUUUUUGGCCAACCCAAUAGCAUCAGUGGCGGGAACCCUGGUUCCUCAUGAGGUUCUGUGUCUCUGUCUGAUGCUGCUUCUUGCUUUCCUUCCUGGCGCCCCAUGACCCUGUGUAGCAGCCUGGGAGGGAUAGUCAGAGACUGCAUGGGGCCGCGGCAGGAUGAUCAGCACAGGGACGUUUCCAGCUCCUCAGUCCUGUGAUCUCAAACUUUGUCACCGGCUGACACUCUUCUGACUCCUUCUCCUUCCAGGAGAUGUCCGGACCCUGGACAGUGAUUGUGGAGAAGACCGUAGUCUGAGGAUCACCUUAAAUGCAGAUUUUGUCUUCUGGGGAUUGCCCACGCACAGUGGGAGAUUGUGGUCAAAAGUAGUGAAGUGUCUGCAGGCCUGGGGCUCCAUGAGUCUCAGCUUCACCUCUUGCAGAGUGUUGGAGCCCGGCUCCUGAACAUUUGUUCUUCCCCAACCAGCCACCCGGCACAUUCUCCCGGGUGGGAUGAAGUUGAAUUGGGGUGGAAGGGGGAGUGUCCCCACGGCCAGGGUCAGGUUGGCUUUCCCCUUCAGCUGUGAAGGAAACGAGGGCUGUCAGAGCUAGAAAUGGGCUUGGGGGCAACUGGAGGCAAUCAGGGAGGGACAGGGCAGGUUGCUUCACAUUACAGCCACUUCCAAGGGGGGAGUUGAGGGGCGCUGUCCAGGGGCAGGUUGGGGAAAUGUCAGGGCAAUGGGACCUGAAGGAGAAGCCCUGGAGAACAGGAAGUGGAGAAGGGGAAGAAGAAUUUCCACCUUCAGUAACAUGAUGUCAUGGUGAACAAUAGAGUCAUUGUAUUUUGGAUGAGGGAACUGUUUUACGACUUCAAGCUUCUGCCAUGUGUCUUCUUUCUUUUUUAUGUUAUGGGCUCCAAGGGUGACCAUUAUAGACCUUUGUGAGGGAGAAGAAGGACAAGGUAAAACAGUGACAGUGUGAUUUUCUCCUGAGAUAUGCCCAUUCUGAGAAAAGGGGACAGAGUCUCUCCCAGGGUCAAUGAUUUCUUCCCAGCCCCCCUUAUCUGGGCCACUUGUGGUAUUGGAGGGGCUCAGGUUUUACUCAGGGAAGAGCUUUCCCAGGGAACAGAGACAAUUUCCAAGACCCUUGGGACUUGCUGGGGACUGAGCAGGCCAUGGAGGACCCAGGGGACAGGAUUGGCAUUCCCUAAUCAGGGCCAGCCCUUUGGAGCCAGAGGUGUCAGAGGGAAGGGGGAAGUGCUGGUGUUUCAGGUGGGUGCUGUUCUCUGUCUCCCAUGGAAAGGAUGGGUUCAGGUCCCUGGGAACUGAAGGCCAGUGUUCCUGAAAAGCACAUAGAGGAAGUGGCCCAGAGAACUGGGUGGGACCCUGAAGAGUGAGUCCAUAUCUCAUGUGCUGGGGUCGGGGAGAGGGAGCUACUUUUAGAAGAGGGGUGCUGGGAUGGGGUCGCCUUUCCUUUGAGGGGAGCUGAGCUCACAGUGACUGAGUGUCAGGGGAGCUAUUCAAUUAUGAGACCGAUUUCCUUAAGCCCAAGUCUUUCCUCUCCUUGAAGAGACCCAGACCCAGGAGCUCCCCCUCAGGCCCCCCAGGGGGUGUCCCUGGUUGCCCCUCUGGCUGUUUACCUCCCAUUUGGAGAUAAACAGGACCCUGUUGUCUCACUUUCCUGCACAGUGAGCAGCCGUCAGGACAAAGUCCCUUCUUAUCAGGAAACCACCACAAGCCACCAGCGUAUCCUGGGGAGUGACAAUUGCCAGGUGGGCCAUGUAGGGGCGGGAGUGUGGCUUGCUCUCUGUGCCCCCGAUGAUGUCGCCUGGAACAGAGAACCCCAGGGCUUGAACACAGAGAAUGCACAAGCUGGGUUAAAGUUGGGAGAGGCUUUUUUCGAAUGCAUCCUCCUCCUGUGAUCUGCCCAUCCUCCCUCUCUGGUGGCUCUGGUACCUGCUCUUCUUCCUCCAGGCACGGCAGCCAGCUCGGCCUCAGAUGCCAUGCCGUCGUGUUUCACCUCGGAUUUCCCCCACUCCCAUUCUGCACCUGCUCGACUCUCCUCUGUCACCGUGCAGGACAAGCUCUCCAGGUUCCUGUCUCAACCGUCUUCAUAGCCCCUUCCAGAUGGAAUGACCCCAACACUCACCAGCUUCACCUCUGGAGCAGAGGAGGAAGAGCAGCAGGGGGAGAGGAAGAUGAUGCAUCUUCUCAGAGCGGCCGUCCAGGACAGAGGUUCCCCCAGAGAUGCCCUCUGUUUUGCUGGAGACAAGGUUGAGUCCUGAACUCCUGAGUCUUGGCUUCAGGGAUGAGCUCUCAAGCCUGGUGCCUCAUCUGUGGUGGGAGAUGGAGGGAUCAUGUCUUUCCCAGGGUCUGAUGGCUGGCAACAAAAUCAAGUCACUAGGCCUUUUCUGCGUGCAGAGAACCUUCUGGAACAUAAAGGCCUUCGCCUUGAGUAGGAAGCAGGAAAACAGAAGUCGUCCACAGUGUCAAGAUUUCACUGAGAGUUUGCUGGGGCUCAAGUGACCUGAGAGCGUAAUGGGGCUCAAAGUCUGGCAGGAGGAAGCACCAGCAGCAACUGACUGGGCAGACUUCCCAGGAAGAUGCAGCCACUCCUGCUCCUGGUGGUCCUUCUCCUGCCGCCCAGGGCUAGGGCAGGGCAGAUCAUCGGAGGCCAAGAGGCCAGGCCCCAUUCCCACCCUUACAUGGCAUAUGUUCAGAUCCCAACUCCACGUCCGAAAACUUGUGGGGGGUUCCUGGUGCGAGAAGACUUUGUGAUGACAGCAGCUCACUGCUUGGGAAGCCAAAUAAGUGUCAUCCUGGGGGCCCACAACGUCCGUAGGUUGGAAAGGACUCAGCAGCGCAUACCGGUGCUCAGAGCCAUCCCCCACCCCAGGUACAAUCCGCAGAACAACCAGAAUGACAUCAUGUUACUGCAGCUGAGGAGCAGAGUCAGACGUAAUCGAGCUGUGAGGCCGGUGGCUCUGCCUCAGACCCAGAACAGGCUGAGUCCUGGGACCCUGUGCACCGUGGCCGGCUGGGGCCUUGUCGGCCUGGACAGGAGAACAGACACUCUCCAGGAUGUACGGAUCAGAGUGCAGAGGGGUGAGGAGUGCAGUAGACUCUUCAUGUUCUACACUGACCGAACACAGAUUUGUGUGGGCGACCCAAGAGAGCGGAAAUCCGCCUUCCUGGGGGACUCCGGGGGCCCCCUUGUGUGUAACAACGUGGCCCAGGGCAUCGUCUCCUACGGAAAGAGGAUUGGGACUCCUCCAGCAGUCUUCACCAGGAUUUCCAGCUUCCUGCCCUGGAUACGGAGAACGAUGAGACGCUUCAAAGAGUGGGGGCUGGAGUGACACGCCCUGUCACUGACUCCCCUUCUCUGGGGCAGAGCCCAGAUCCAGGGCGGUUCCCAGAGCCUUAAUAAACAUCCACAUCUAGAGUGGAAAUAACCGAUUUCUCAUUUGUUCAUUAAACAUGAUUCAGUACACAGCAAAUGUGUGCCAGGACUGAGUGUGAGCUCCUCCAGGAAAGUGGGGUCUCUUCCCCAGGACAAGUGAAUCCCCAUCCCCACCAUCCUGGGAGUCAGGGUGAGCUUCUCUCCUCCAAGCCAUCCAUUCCUCCGUCUCCCCUCCACCCGCUCUGGGGAGUGAUGGAAGGACCUCUCUCUCCCCAGAGUAAGGCUCCUCAUUCUCCACCCUACCAGAGACUCUCCUUUAGGUAUUAAAGUGUGCCCCAAAACUGUGUGCCAUUGGCGUGGGUAGGACAGGCAGAUCAAAGAGAGAAUUGAAAUUCCAUACAAGGCCCAAUUUAACAUAUGGUAAACGAUUCUCAAAUCACUGGGAAACAAUGAACUUUUAAUAGACGACAUUGAAACAAAAUAGAGAAUCAUUGGGGAAGAAAGAUAAAGUUGGGUCCACACUUCUCAUCAUAAUCCAAAAUAACACUCAGAUGGAAUCAAAGAUCUAAAUGUAAAAAAAUCAAACCAUACAAGUACUAGAAGAAAGGAAAAAAACGGUUUACUUUCUUAAAAAUAUCUAACAAAACACCCAUAUCAAAGCUGCGCUAUUCACAAUGGCCAAGAGAUGGGAGCAACCCAAGUGUCUAUGGACAGCCAGAGUUUCUGAAACCUUUACCCAUACUAGCCCUGACUGUACUAUAGACCAAUGUUCUCAUUUUCAAUGUGAUGAGGGUCUCCUUCCGGUUUCGUUACUCUAAAAUUAUACAAUACGAUAUG